AGUUCCCAGGAGAGGCAGCUCCUCCCUGGAGAAGCCCCGCCCUCUCCUGCCGCCCUCCAUAAAGCCAGCCCCGACUGCCGUCCGCUCCUAGCGCCUUCUCUCCGGCUCUAUGAUUCAUCAUGGUGCAUGCUAGGAGCUGGACCCUGAAGAGACGCUUUGAAGGCUUCCCUACUAAGAGUAACUUUGAGUUGAAGACUACUGAGCUUCCACCCUUAAAAAAUGGAGAAGUCCUGCUUGAAGCUUUGUUCCUCUCUGUGGAUCCUUACAUGAGAGUGGCAGCCAAAAGAUUGAAGGAGGGUGAUAUGAUGAUGGGUGAACAAGUAGCCAGAGUCGUGGAAAGUAAAAACUCAGCCUUCCCAACAGGAACCAUAGUAGUGGCUUUUUUAGGCUGGACAACGCACUCCAUUUCCGAUGGGAAGGAGCUGAAAGAGCUGCCUGCCGAGUGGCCAGAGACAUUACCCCUGUCUUUGGCUUUGGGGACAAUUGGCAUGACAGGCUUAACUGCCUACUUUGGCCUACUUGACAUCUGUGGUGUGAAGGGCGGAGAGACAGUGAUGGUUAAUGCAGCAGCAGGAGCUGUGGGCUCUGUCGUGGGACAGAUAGCUAAGCUCAAGGGCUGCAGAGUUGUGGGUGCAGCAGGGUCUGAUGAAAAGAUUGACUAUCUAAAAAAGAUUGGAUUUGAUGCCGCCUUUAACUACAAGACAGUGGAGUCUUUGGAACAAGCUUUGAAGAAAGCCUCUCCUGAUGGCUAUGAUUGCUAUUUUGAUAAUGUGGGUGGAGAGUUUUCAAACUCUGUUAUACCCCAGAUGAAGACCUUUGGAAGAAUUGCAAUCUGUGGGGCCAUCUCCAUCUAUAACAGAACUGGCCAACGUCCCCCAGGCCCACCCCCAGAGAAUGUUAUCUAUCAGCAACUCCGGAUGGAGGGGUUCCUUGUCACCCGGUGGCAAGGAGAUGUCCGCCAGAAGGCACUGAAAGACUUGAUGAAUUGGGUCUCAGAGGGUAAAAUCCAGUAUCGUGAGUACAUUACUGAAGGAUUUGAAAAAAUGCCAGAAGCAUUUAUGGGAAUGAUGAAAGGAGACAAUUUGGGGAAGACCAUCGUGAAAGCAUAAAAAAAGGCAUGUGGAAUAAUCAUGGGGUAAUUAAGUUUUUGCCAUUUGGUUCAAAAUAUAUAUUGCUUUUUGUGAGAACUAGUAACUAUAAUGAGUUUGACCUACUUAAUAAAAUACAAUGAAAUGAUUUUUAA